UCUGAAGGCCAUGUUGUAGUUCCGAGCUUCGCCACUAGGUGGCGCGGCCGUUUGUGAGUAGUAUUUCUUUUUCAUACCAAAACAUUGUUUGAGAAGCCGUGCAGGCCAGUAGACGUGGUGUUUGAAGGUGGUUUUGGGAUUUUGUUCGAGUGUGCGUCCAUAUGAAUGAACCACACACACACACUUAUGCAUACGCCUUCCUUCAAUCCACAUCCGGCCUGUAAACCAGUUUUAACCGGCUGAUUAAAGAGUCAAACCAUCACCUGGCUUCAUUAUUGGCUCGGGGUCAUCUGGGCAUCUAAUCGGUGCACAUUCUGCGAUCACCAUUUUCAUUCUGAACCCGAGUAGUGUAAACAACACUACAGCACAUGGUCCUUCGAGCCGGAGUGGAGUGAUUACAGUGUGAACAUGGAUUAUGACCCCGAGCGAGCAGGUGCACGUCCACGGAGGGCUGUGCGACCACCAGGAUGGAUGGCUGAAUAUGAUGGAUAUACACUGCCGUCAAACACUAUGUCGGAACAGCGUCAGACUAGAGAGGGAUAUGCCGAGACGACACCCUUCACCCAGACUUCUGGUUUUGCUGGAGCUGUCAGACAGACGCCAGUGUUACCCAACAUCCCGCAUGAGUUCAUGACCAUUGUGCAGCAACUGCAAGAAGAUAAUAAUCGACUUCAGUUGAUGGUUAAAGACAUGAGGAGGCAGAUGGAUCGUAAUGUUGCCACGGUGAGAUCAACUAGCUUACAAUUUGCACAGCAACCAGAUGGCUACAUUUCAACUGAUGACACCUGGCUCUCCACACGUCAAACUACGCAACCCUCUUCCCUGCAGCAGGAGCAGCUCAACGUAUCAUCUACACAAAAUGCAGCAGAGGAGUGGCCUGUACCGCCACCUCCAAUCUCCUUUCUGGGUGACUAUCCAGAUAUUCAGGAAGUACAGUGGGCUCCACUCCCUCCACCUCCACCAGCCAUUGUACAAGAGCUUAGCCAGCGUUUACAAGAGCUACAUGUACAACAACAAACCGCAGCUGCUGUUAGCAGAGAUCCUGACUUUCAACCCCGAGUGCCACAGUCCACCCCCUUAUCUCAACCACGAGCUGGACUUAGCUUGGACACCAACAUGCCCUCCCCUGCCCAAACAUUGGAUCCCACCAUGGCCAUAGCUACAAGGGAGAAGAUCUACAGGGGACCAUUGCCUUCUAUACCAGAGUUCACAAAGGAUGAUCCCAGGCAAUUUGCUAGAUUAAGACUCGCCCUUGAUAAUAUUCUCCCAGCCGACGCAACAGAGAGGUUCAAAUAUCAGGUACUAUGUGACCACCUUAAAUUUGAAGAAGCUCUUUUAAUUGCUGACUCAUACAGUAAUUCACUCUGCCCCUACUCUGAUACGAUGGCUUCACUCACUAAACAUUAUGGCCAGCCUCACCAACUGUCACUUCAGAGAAUAGCAGAGCUUAUGGAUGAGCCCAAUAUUAUACAAGUGACACAACAGGAUUCAGGAGAUUUGCAUUAA